AUGUACCAUGACGAAAAUCCAUCAAACGUCAACACAAGCUUCCCGUUAAUGGGAGCCCUGACAGACUACCCCUAUGGCGAAACAUACACUCCAUUAAUGGACUCAUUUUCUGUCAUUGACCCAGCAAGUGGUUAUGUUUGGGGAUUUCAACAAGCAGAAAACUGGGUGACAGCAGCUGCACCUUCGACCAUCACUCAACCUCGCCGGCCAAAUUUCGGAUAUCGAGAAAUAAGACCUCGACCGCCGGAUAUACCAGCGCCCACAGUACCUCCAAAUGAGGCUCAUAAAGAGGAACAACACACCCAGCUCCGUGAAUUGGGGCGAGGGAUACACUCGAAGCGCCGAAGACAGUCGGACCACGAACAGGUUCAAAGGACAACCAAAAAGGCGCGUCCAGCGGUAUGUGAGGCUGCUGACACGACCAAUCAACCAGUUAUCAUUGAUAAAAUGAGCACAGCGAAAACACCGCCAGCGCCGAGAUACGAUUCAGCCACGCAGGGCCCAUCCUCUCGGUCGCCUGAUCAACCUACAGAUCAACAAGAGGGCACUGCUAAGUGUCCAGCACAGGCUGUUCAGGAAGCCUUGAAGGUUCAGGUUUUACAAUCAAUCAAGGUGUUGCGCGAGAUCGCUAGGAGCUUCCGUGUAUUGAAUCUGGAACUUGAGACAAUCGAUGGUUGGAUAUCAGAAAUCAAAGGUGCUGACGCAACACUCAUUCCUGUUUUAUCAAGCACUGUGGCUCAGGCUAUUGUUCCUUUCGAAAACCUAAAUCUCAUUCUCACGGAAUGCUUCACUGCUUCAGGCCCCAUGCGAGGCUUUCUUAUCAGGGAUCAGGCGCUCGAGUUGUUGAAAUAUAUACAGACAUAUGCGGAGGAGUACCAUUUAUUCCAGAAUAAACGGGUCUAUUUUGACAUUGGUAGAUGGAUAGAAAGACUUAGCCCAGGCAACCAUGAUGAGCAAGGCGAAUGA